GAGCUCGCGCGUGCAUCCUGUUCUUCCUCCUGCAACUCAAGACUCACGCACGACUCACAUCGAUCACACCUCGGCAUCGCGCUUGAUUCAGCGACGCGACCUCCCAUCUGUCCUCCUCGCACUCGCUACACCACCGCUUGGCGUAACCUUUCGUAGGCGGCGAUUCACCUCAGCUCAGCCGGAGCGCGGAUAGAGUUCAGAGUUCCGCGUCAAGUGGCUGCCUAUGCCCAAGCGUCCACACCCUCACAACCACUCGUGACUGUCAGUCGCACCCAAACCUCUGUGCCACCGCUUAUUUGACGCUCGCAUGCCCCACCAUUGCGGCGCACGAUGGAUCUGCUGACGCAGGUGCUGUUGGCGCUGGUCGUCGUCCUCAGCAUCGCCUUGUUCACUCGAACCGCAGCCUCGUCUUUUCCCCAUCGCAAUGACUCCAUCGCCUCAUUGCCAGGCGCUUCGGCCAGCAAGAACAAGAAGCGCCGAAAGAAGCAGCAGUCGGCGCCCUCAGUUGAAGGGCCUAGCGCGGAGAACAAGUCAGUAGCUAAUCAGGUUCCUGCCACUACGACUGCGGCAACCGUAUCCGCACCAGAGACUCCCAAGCGUGGUUGGGGACCUGCCGCGCACGCAAGUCGCAUGGCAGAAGAGGAGGAUCGAAAGAAGGAAAAGCAGCGGCAAAAGCAAAUGAAGCAAAGCGAGAAACAGAAAGCAGCAGCAGCAGCAGCAGCAGCAGCAGGAUUGUCGGAUGGGGCUGCAAGCUACAGCAAUGUCGCAGCCGAGCAGCCGAGCAGCGACGCCGUCACGGUCGACUCGUCCAAAGAAAAGGGCCAUCGUCCUGAUGCCGGGGUUACGCCAGCCUCAAAGCAAUCGGGGCAGACUGCGACGGGAAGCAAUGAAGCCGUCGUUGACAAAGCAGCUGCGCUCUCUGCCUCUGCGCAAACGAUCGAGACUACUUCCACACAGACACGUGAAGGCAAGGCCGUUGCAGAUCUUGAUCCGCCCUCUUCGUCACAAUUCUUGAGUCCCAAUACACGAGCAUGGGAAUCGGUGAGCGGCAAACGAGUGGCUGCCAGACCAACAUCUUCAUCAGCGUCUUCUGCUGGAGCCGAUACAAGUGGCGUGCCGGAUAAUGCGUGGGCAAAGAGCAACCCUUUUGCGGCCUUGCCGGAUGCUGACGAGUCGAGUGGCAGGCCGAAAGCCUCCGCAGCGUUUACUGGCAGGCUCGCCACAUCGAGUGCUGCCAGCAAGUCGGCCAACAAGUCUACACUGGGCGCGAUCACCGGAUCAGCGGGUGCAGUCUACAGACCAGGCUCUAAUGGAACAGCCAGUCGUUCCGCUGCUGCAAUCAGCGAUCAGACCAAAAGUCAAAAGCAGAUGCGCAAAAAGGCCGAGGCAGCCAAAGCGGCGAAGCAAGAUCAGGAGCAGGAAAGGCUGGCAAGGCUGGCCGAGCAUCGGCGGGAGCAGGAGAGGGAGAGAAUGAGACAGCAGGACAAGGCCAGAAGCAAUAAGGCGGCCAGACAAGGAAACGGCGCUGCUGUCAGCUCCAAACAGCCGCAAAGCAAAGCUAGUGUCAACUCGAACGGCAUGCUGGUGUGGGAUUAAAGGCGCGGACAGCCGUCGUCCAAGGGAUCGCUACACUACUACAGCUGCCCAGAGCCGCAAAGAAAGUCACCAAGAACAAAGUCGACUUACGGGUUUUCCUGAUGUCGCUAGGCCCUCAGUAGUCUUCAGAAGCACGAUGGGGCUUGAUCGGCCCCGCAUGAGUAUACGCACUUACAGUACAAAUCGGACAAUAUCAUUCAAUCUGUCAUUCACAGGAGCUGGAAGCUGUGUUCGUGAAGAACCAUUUGCGGCUCGUCUUGCCCAGAAUGUCUUGAUCACGUGGGCUUGUAUCCCCACCAGACGGCGACAACAUGCUUGAGGCGCGCAACACCAUCCGGAUACUU